AUGAGGUACGAUCAUGGCAUAAAGUUAUCAGAUAUAGGGAGUAUGCCAAAUUUCAUUCGUUUCAUGACAGAAAACGUGAAAGUAGACCUGACGUCGAAAAGUGCAGAUCUCGUUCAAGUACAUGAGGCAAACACUCUAGAACCAGAAGACGAUGUUGCUAUUGUUGUGAAUCAUUCGAAUUUGCAUAAAUCAAUCUUUAUAAACGUUAAUCAUUACAACAAAUUUUUCUUACAUGGGUACGGUUAUGCGACAACUAACAGCAAAUCUUCGGAGCCAUUGUGGGAAAACGUGACCUACGUUCAAGCGUACUUGCCUGAGAUACACGCUUAUAUUUGUCGUCGCCCGAAAAGAUGGGGUAGCGUAACAGGCUACGUGGUUGCUGGAGGCUAUAGUUAUCUUCCAAUGGUGCUGAAACAACAAAACAAGUCCGUAAAACGACUUAUGUCGGAUGCAGAAGGAUUAAUUUCAGAUUAUAAGUGUGGUAUAGAGGUCCUGACAUCGUCAGCUUCGUUAAGGAUCGAACAAGUUAAAACUUUCAUCGGAUCCACGUGUCUCGUUGACGCACAAAAUUCUUUGGAACAAAGUUCCUUUUUGACUUGCGGUACAAAAAAGUUUUUAGACCACGGUGCAUAUUUAGCCAGCAACUGGACUCGUUACAUGCUUCAGCGAACGAAAAAGGACUUUGAUUUCCUUGAGAAAAUCUUCAUAAUGGUUAAAACUACAGCUGGUAAUUCAGUCACAAGAUCUUUAAUAGAAGAAUGCUAUGACUGUGAACAGCGUUUACGUUUUUUUUUUAUGGGUGACUGGAAGAAUGUUCCUACUGCACGGUUAACUUGGCUAUUGGAAAAUCCACGAGAAGGUUGGCGAGGAAAAAAUGUUCGAGAAGGUGCAUACAUAUUUAGAAAUUGGCAGAAUAAUAAAAUACCUACGUUAAAAGAGCGACAACGUUUACGGCAACCCGUCAUCGGAUUGAAAUUGGAAUAUUACAGAUGGCCGUUCUUGAGAGAAGCCAUUGCUGAAAUGUCACAAUACUACCCAGAAGAAGAAUCAAAUUUACAUACGCCUAUGAGCAACAAUUUGGACUUGAAAAUUCAUUAUUUGAUAACAAGGCUAAUUGGUUUUUCUCGACUUUUACAUGGCUUUCCAUAUUAUAGUUUCAAGUUUAUCGAACAUGCUUUUUCAAAAAAAGUUAUAAAUGCCAAAAUAUUACAACAAGGUUGCGAGAUCAAAGCGUACAUUAGCGGGGUCGUUCCUGUAUCAACUCUUGUUAGGAAAAUAUUGAAUCCCACCACACUUAUAGGUAAGUUGAUCAGAAGUACAGUACAUAUAUCAGAGCCAAUCAGACAAUAG